CCAGGAAACCGCUGCUGCUGUCACGCUGUAAUCAGGAGCAAAUGCUUGUAAAAAUGCAGAAGAUGUGAAUAUUACAUUGUGAAAUCACGGAAUUAAUCGUCAUUCUAGGACUUGAUUGGGGUCGGACAAAUGAGUAUACGUGCCUUGUGGAUUAUUUCUCACGAAAAAGGGGAAAAUGUGUCAGUUCGCUUCUCCAGGAGGUUUCCCACAGUGGAACACCGUGCAAAGAGCCUGGCAGGUUCGUCAUAUGUCCCACUCCCAGAGGAGAGUACUUUCCUGCAGCUCAUGCUCACGGAGCUCGGUCUUUCCGAAUCAAACAAGUCAUUUGUAGCUGCGAGAGAUGAUUGCCUUCAUCGUCCACGGUCACCGGCUCUGGAGCUGCGUGUGGAUGGUACUGAAAAGGGAGCACUUUGGCCAGUGUUGGCCAUCUCUCAAGGGCCUCUCAUCCUGGCUUGCCUACCAUUAGUUGAUGCCCCUCCUGAGCCGCGGCCGCCUCUGGCCAACUUGCUGUCAGUCUCCCAGGGUCUCGCACUCCUUUCAGGCCUGCAGUCUUUUCUCCUCGUCUCGGGGAAUAAGCCUGAUGGUGAGGGUCUCGUCUCUCGUCUGGCAAUGUUGCCCUCUGUCCUCCUGCAGAUUUGUCCACUUGGAACACCCCUUGAUGUGCCACAAUUGGGGUCACCUGCUACACCCACAUUGCCCAUCUCCUCUGGGGUCCAAAAGCAGCCUGCCUGGAAGACCGGGUCACACAAGGGUCGAGCCGUUGUUAACGUAGCACUGAUGGAAACAGUACGUUCUAUGCAGUAUGGUGACCCUAGCAGGCAGGACUUAUGGGAUGUUUAUGGCACUGUGACAUGCAAAUGUGAGGUGGAGGGAGUGCUUCCAAAUGUGACCGUGACCCUCUCACUGCCACCCAAUGGUUCUCCACUGCAGGAUAUCUUGGUCCACCCCUGCGUCACCUCCUUGGAUUCUAGUAUCCUAACUGCCAGUAGUGUGGAUAAUUUUGAUGGCUCAGCUUUCUCUGGACCAUAUAAGUUCCCCUUUUCCCCUCCUCUGGAGCCUUUCAGAUUAUGUAGUUAUACAUCUCAGGUCCCAGUUCCCCCCAUCCUUGGUUCAUAUCAGCUGAAGGAAGAAGAGAAUCAGCUCCGUGUAUCAGUUGCCCUCAAACUUCAUGAAAGUGUGAAGAACAGCUUUGAAUACUGUGCGGCUCAUCUGCCACUCUUCAACAGAGAUCAGAUGGGUGUUGUUGAUGUGAAGGUGAACUCUGGAACACUGGAUGUGUCAAAGGACAAGAAUCUACUGGUUUGGACUCUUGGACAGAAGUUCCCAAAGUGUCGCGAGGCUACGAUGGAAGGCAAGAUCACUUUUUCUGGACCAGUACCAGGACCAUCUGACCCGCUCUGCACAGGACUCACCGCCUACAUCAAGUUGUAUUUCAAAGUGCCUGACAUGACGCUGUCCGGCUGCUGCGUAGACCAGCAUUCAGUCCAGGUUUACUCCUCGGCAAAGCCCCGGAUUGUAACAUCUCGAGACCUCCAAUCCAAAGAGUACUACAUCUGGAAUUCAACAGGUGUUGCCCCUGUGUCUUCCGGACGGAUGAUUAUGUAGGAUGUUUCCCUCAAAGUACACCUGGGUAAAUUAUGUACAGUCCCCUGUGCAGUAAUGAGACUAAAACACACUGCCAAGCACAUUCGGUGUCACGUGGCCCGAUUGGUUACAGUUGUUACAAUUAUGUCCUGUGGAUGCUUUGUAAAUUAAAAAUAACUGAAACAUAUCUUAUGUAAAGUUUGGCUGGAAAAUAAUCAAUUUUGUUGAUGGUUAACUUUUUUUUUUUUUUUUUAAAUACAUAGUCCUGUAGUUUUCCUUUUUUUUUCCCCCACUCUUCAACCUCCUUUAAAUUCAGACACAAGGACCACGGCUUGCUUCAACAGUCCCACUCCAGUGACUCUCCAUCAGCCGGAUAAUUAGCAGCUGGGGCCUGUCGUCAGCUGUAGUCGUCCUGCAGGAGAGGGGCGUCUGUGCCGUGAAAGGCCAGCCUGCUCCAGCCAGCGUCUCGGCUAGAAAAUCCUUCUCUGUUCAGAGAUGGCAGAACCUUCCCGCACAGAUCACCCGCCCCCACCUCUUCUGACCCUCACUCUCGGCCCGUCAACUAGGGACUCGUUCAACCACACAACCUCUCCAACUACACCGAUCGAGCGCCGACCCUCUGGCGCUCUGAGACUUAAAAGCCUCCAUUCCCGUUCAGUGACCGAGACCUGCCUAAUUGUUGAAAAGUCACAAGGACGGCGACGGUCGAGGUCGCAGAGAUCUUUUAACUCUGUUAAUGCAAAACUUCAAGCAUAAGAUUGAUUUUUGUUGAUGCAUCAUAAUCGUUGAAAGAGAGUUACAAAAAAAUGGGAGAACUUUGUUUUUUUGUGUACUUUAUCAUUGUUUUACCACAGCUAUGCAAGUUCUGUGACAUUUCUGCUUCAUAAACGGCAUCUCAGUGUGUUAAGUUGAAUGAAUAACUAGCUGAUAAAGGGUUAAAUUGGAGGAGAUUGUGCCCCACUAUUCCACAAGAGCCAGACUCCUCUGAGUGGCCUCAUUGUCUGCCUUUGGCCUCUUGUGCCCCUUGCUGGUCCAAAUGCUACAUUCUCACGUGGAUUUCAACUCAGAAGGCUGACCAUGACCAAUCCUCUGUCAAUUGGAACCAAUUGCUCACACGGCAUCCUUCACCUUCUUUUUAUGUAGUAGUCCAGAGUGGCAGACACCGAGACCUUUCAGCUCUCCCCCUCCACGAUGAUUUGGCUUCAAAGUCCAGUGUGUGUGGCUAGCGAACUGGAAAAGGAGAAGUUUUUGAAGGCUUGAGCCACUCUAAAUCUCCUCAGUGCUACAAAACGUGGUCAGUCUGGCUCCUCGAGUCUGCAGUCAGUGGCCUCUCACUGGCAGACUUUGCUUUGUUGAUUGAAUAGUUUGCUAAGUAGAUCGUUUUAAUGUUUUGCUCUGUCUCAGUGCCUUUAGUCCAAACAUUUGGGUAGUUAAUUGCAUUGUUUUCAGUAAUCGUUCAAUCGUAAUUUGUUUACUCACAUACAUACAAAGGCAUGAACUGUAUCAACAUUUUUGUUCAUUAAUGAUCAGAAUAAAAAAGGACUGAGCCAAUAUGAAAGUGAAAAGGAAGUAGCAUUAGGGAUUGUUACAAAUCAUUUAUAUCAUCAGGCUGUUACAGAGCUGUAAGGUCUCUAUCUGUCUAUCUAUCUAUCUAUAUGUCUGUCUGUACAAAACUGUGAUCCACUAAGCUGUGAACAUUUACUUCACUGUGCCACUCAGCUCAAUAAUGACACCCAGUGGUAAAGUAUACAAUAGAAGUUCAUAUUUGAUUGUCUUGAUUUCUUUUAUCCGUUUUAAUCUGUGUUUCUGUUAUUGAUGAAGAUCUACUCAAGCGUUGCCAGAUUAUAUUUACUUAUCUAAGUCCCCCUGCUGUGUGAUCUAAUCCUGCCGUUGUUCAUCUAACACUGUGCCCGAGGACCUGGCUCUCUCUGGGCCCCGGCGGGCCCAGGUGUUUGGGAGCGGUCCAGUUCCUCUCAGCCUCCCAGGUCUACGAAGUGCCAGCCUCGGAAAGACGACUUCGAGGAUGAUGGCGCACUUGAUGCGGUCUCCUAUUUUCAGUCUGAUUGUUCUUCCAGAGGGUUUUAUUUAGUUUCAUUUACCGGGAUCCUUUGGAAACUGAAAGAUUCUUCUGCCCCAGUUUCUUGAACAAAAAUGUCAGUAAUAGACCAGGAGCUUUGAAACUAGACAAUUUGAACUAAUUACAAAGUUUAUUUUUGGACAUUUUUCAUCAGUUUUGAUGAAAAGCUCAAUAGGCUUCUGAUUCAAUGGCUCAGCAUUGGUGUGGUAUGUCUCCCUACAGAGGGCACCAUAAGCUCAGCCAAGGCACCCAGAUGAAGAAACGCACCCUGAGUGUCAGUGUUUUGGUAAUGUUGCAAUUUUAUCAUCACUUUUCAAAAAAUGAAAUAAUAGAAAGGUU